GUAGGAAUAAUGUUCUGUCGCGCUUGGCAACCAUAACAAACUUCAAAAUGGCGCCGUAGCCCAACGUGUGAACACAGUUUCUAGAAGUUACGGAGCAGUCAAUAUGUCGAAAUCUCGAAGAGGGAAAAGUGCAUCAGCUAAUGAACUAAGCAGAUGGGAAACGGAGCUAAUUCAAGCGCCUUUUAACGAGGAAACAUGGAGAUCCUGUGUUUACUUCAUUGCGCCUAAUAGGCUAGACGAUAAUGUCUUUAUCGACAUAUUGUCAGAAGUGGUUGCUACUGGUCUCAGGAAACUGUUCAGCAUCAUUACAUACGAAGGCCUUGUUAAAGAUGUCAAAGAAUUUGGAAAGGGCCCAGCCCCUGGAGGUAAGGGCAAAGGGGCUGCAUCAGCUAAGCCUCCCCACUUCUAUGAAGUCUGUGAGCAAGUCAAGCCAUUAGUGGACCAGACUGAACCAAUACCCCCUUCUCUGAUGGCUAAACUUAUCAAGUUUAAGUUGCUCCAUAUUAAACAGAAGGAUUUGGACAGAAGAGAGGAAGAAAGAAAGGCUGCUAAGGCAGCUGAAGCAGGGAAGAAAGAUGAAAAAGGAAAGAAAUCAGGAAGAAGUCCAUCUGCUGGAAAACGGUCAAAGUCACCAGGAAAAAAGAAGGGUAAAAAGGAGGCAGACUUGCCACCAUCUCCAAAGAAGGACACCAAACUGAAGAGAAGAGGAGAUGUUGAGGAUACCUUUAAGACUAUUGAUGAUGAACCAGAUGUAGAGGGAAGCCCCCAACAUUAUGUUCUGAUCCAUGGCAUCCUCACAGCACCAGUCAUCUACCACCUAAAUGAGAUAGGUGUAAAUGUGGAUUCUAUCAUCUGUGUAAAGGCUCAGAAUUAUGAUAGCUUCACACCAACUCCAGUUCAGGAGGAUGAAAACAAAGAUGGAGAUAGUGAAAGUGCUAAAGAAGAUGAUUCAGAGAUGAUGGACAGAGAAUUACAAGAGUCUGAAGAGAGGGCUCAAAAAUUAGAAGCAGAAGCUCUACUUGAAACAUUUUGGUCUGAAUCAGAGAACAUUGUAAUGAAAGCCCCGUCUGGUCACAAGCUUAAGGAUGUAGCAAGAUAUGAAGUGAAAGUGAAGGAAAGCAUUGUUCCAGAGGGUGAUCUGCACGAAUUAGAUGCUGAGAAAAAGACAGAGUUUGGAACAGCAAUAUUUGAAGAUGUAGCUGAUGUGUGCUACAAUAUGUUAGAUCAUCUGGAGCAGUACAAGCAAUAUCUGGAGUCAAUGAAGUUAAUUCACAUUCCUUUGCAUGUGAGAGCAACAGUUAGUACUUCAUCAAAUAUCCCAACUACCACUGCUGAUCAGCUUCCAGGAUCACAAUCUGCAACGGCUACUCAGGUAUUAGAUGUGGCACAAGCUAGUGUUCCAGUGUCAAGUGAUAUUGACAAACGUUACUAUGAUCACCUUAUCAGUAGUGUCCCACCCGAGAGCCAUAAUGUUCCACUCAUCCUGCACUGUUUGUUAGAACAGGUUGUUGCAACAGCUGAUGACAAACAUCCACUGGAUCAGGUAGUUCCCCCGAGAGGAGAUGGUCUAAAUCAUGAUCUGGCCGCAUAUAUUACCAGCAAAACCUCCAAAUUAACUUUACUACAAAAUAGCAAACAGGUUGUUACUGAACCUACCAAGAUCAACCAGCGCCCAAAGCCUCAGCGAUCACCACUGAUACUUCAUUACCAUGACACGAUGUCGUCACGCCUGCAUCAUCUCGAGCCAGCCAAUGGUCUUAAUCCCGAGCAGGCAGAACUGCGCAUGCUUGAUCUAUUCCCGCAAAGUCGACUUAAAGAACUACCAGAACUUGACGAGCGGGACAUGGUGGAGCGUGAGGCACGUGCAAAUGAACUGCACCACUUUUGCAAAUCCCUGAUGAGUUCCUCCGACCUCCUGGAGCAUGCGUUUAAGCAGUUGGCUUUUGAAGGGAUGCCUCUGAAGGUUGCAAGCCAAGAUGGGGAAAUUGUGGAUCUCAGAGAUGUGAAUGAAUCGUUUAAGUUUUAUUCAAAUCCAUGGGAUCAUCCAUAUAGCAAAUUGAGCGAGUUUCAAGCGUCCAGAUUCCCUAGUGACAACUUAGAGAAAUUGGAACUUGCUAGUGAUAUGAACUCUUCUCCACUUACUUCGUAUCGUAACCUCGAUGGGUGGUGCUUUGUAGAACAUUUUGAUCGCAAAACCACGAUUCAGGUCCUAGAAGCAGCACGCCUCGCUAAUCCGUAUAUGGACACUUACUACCACAAGCGUGACCACUCCCUGUUGCUUGCAUUACAUAACCCUGUCGGGGCCAAUGGUGUCAGCAAGUCAUCUUGGAGUACAAAGCUUCACUCAAAUGUGGGCUUUAGAAACUACCUUGAACAUGUGGUCAGUUCAAUUGGAGACUGGGUUCGAGAACAGGAAAGACUUCGAGAACAAGCAGCCAGAACACCCACCCCUCCCCCACCUGCUCCCGAGCAGCCCAGUGUUCCACUCAAGAUUGGCAGCCGUUAUGGUCUAAUGACCAGACAGGAAGUGGCGCUUAUUAAGGCGGAAGAAGAAGAAAAGAGUAAAAAGAAAGGAAAAAAGAGUGCGCGCGGUAGCCGGAGUCCUAAGAGAAGUGCAAAGACCAGGGAAAAGAGCGCUUCACCGGAUAAAAAAGAAGACAAAGAUAAGAAACGCGACGGAUCAGCCUCCAGUCGGCAGAAAUCGGCGACUGGUCGGAGUCCUUCAGCAAAAGGCUCCCGCUCCAUUAAAAGUGCCACAAGCAAGGCUGACAAAAGAGGACUUCACAGCCGGUCGCGCUCCGGACAGUUUGAGGAACCUGAGAUACUCCCUGUAGAAGAACCCGUCGAGGAAUUUUACGAUUUCAUCGGAUAUGACAUGGGUGAUAAUUUGAUUCACGUUUCUGGGUCCUUGACAACAAUGUUCCCGGCCGACGGGGGACAGAUACAGGUUAACAAGUCACAGUAUGUGCAGGGAGCAAGAACCAUCUCCACGUCUGUGCUCAAAGAUGGCAACAUGUUUGUGCUUCAUUUCUUGGAACCUAUUGAUGAGAUUUUGUCGAAAGAGGAAUUGGAGGAAUCGAACGGGAAGGCUGGUGUUGAAACUUUGUUAGACAAGAUUAAACAAGAAGAAAACGUUGAAGAGGAAGGGAAUAAAAGUGUAAUUGAGGAAUCCGAGAAAGAACAGAGACGUCAUCCAAAACCGUUCUGUGAUUUCAGCUCUUUUGUGGCUGAACUUAGUGAUGGUAUGGUGUUAGCUCUGAGUGGAUAUGGUCCCUCGGGGUCCCUUAAAGAGAAAGAACCAAAGGAAUCAGAAGAUACGGUUACAGGGUAUUUGACAGCAGAUGUUGGCCCUCCCCCUCAGCCAACGCCUAGCCCACAGCCUAAAGCAGGAUCUCCUAAAGCGCGUAAGAGAGCAGAGGAAGAGGCCAAGAGAAUAGAGGAGAUUCAGCAGCAACAGGAGGAAGAACGCCUGAGACUUGAAGAGGAAGCACGACGGAAAGCUGAGGAAGAAAUGUUAAAGAAACCGUUCCAACACGUGUAUAUCACGUGCCCUGAUGGCCAGCACGUGCAGUACUUAAAUGAUGACUGUUAUCAGAGCAGAGAAAAUAAGGGAGGAGUGAUCGUGAGGCAGAGCUAUCCCAUCAAGCCACUAGGGCCUGCCAGAGGAAAACCAGCAUCACAAGAAACCUCUCGUACUGUGAUGACAGACGGAACAGUGAUUAAACUACUCACUGAUGGAAGCGUCGAAGUCCUUUUUCCCGAUGGUGCAGUAAGUAAGUGUCAAUCUUAUCCCAUGAAAAGCACCCCUCCCACAAGUAAGCCAGGCAGUGCCAUAGCCAGGCAAGACCCAUCUAUGACUGCCGUUAGAAAGAGCCUUCGUGGGCCAGGAAUGAAUUCAAAGCCCUCAGAGGAGCCUUCGGUGCCAGCGAUUUCUCUACCUGAGAAAGUCCCUGAAUGGUCAAGCACAGGUGCCGAUGGGUACAGAGUUGUGAGUCUGCCUGAAGGAGGUCACGAGACUGUUGCUAGUGUACUCUGUUCUUUAGCCACUUGCCCUCAGAGUGGAAAGGUUCUCAAAACGCGGGAAGACAACGUUGUCACGGUUGAUUGCCCCGACGGAACACGAAUUGUGGAACACGCGGACGGAACACGCAUUACAACGUUCCACAAACAAGUUGUGUGCGAACUUCAGGCACCCGACAACGAGACAGGGGAACAAGCUGAAUACCUUGAGAUGACCAAAACCUAUGUCAAAGUAGAGUGUACUGGGUUCGCUACGGUGAUUUUCGAUAGUGACUUGGGUUCGUGUGAGACUGUGUUUGGUAAUGGCACGAGACUCGACACACAGGCUAAUGGUGUGUCUGUUAUGCACAGGCCAGAUGGAACACAAUUACAAAUAGAAGCGAAAGGUAGUGUGUCAUACUAUGGCCGUGACACUCAAACCAUGAAAGAAAGCCAUUGCUCCAAAACACCUGAGGGUGUUUAUGUCAUGCGCACUGCAAGCCAGUUUUGCUGUGAAAUGACAGAUGAGAGAGGAACCCACUUUACAGUGAUGUCAAACGGUCACAUGACAGUUGACAAGGGGGAAAGUGGAUCUAUAAAUAAGGAGAUUAUUAGCAAAACAGAGGGUACUUUUGAUGAAAAAGAGGAGCCGUCAGAACCGGGGCCCAUACAGCAAGCAUCUCUGAGCCCCAUAGUGCCUCGCUUCUUCAUCAUUCGUGCUGAUGGAACAGGCUCUGAGCUCUUACACAGUGUGGACGUGAAGGACUUCCUGCAACAGGCCGAGGAGGACCCCGCCACGGCGGUGUUAAAGAGCUCCUUGGAAGGACAAGACGAUGUGACAGGGCUUACAGUCUUGAGGCCUUACUCUGGUGGGACAGGUAAGAUUUGGUGCAAAGAGAAGGACGAGGAGCUCAUCAUUCCACAGGGGCUUAGAGAGAGGGACUUCAAAGUGAUGCCUUCCAAAGAACUAAAGAAACCAGGACUUGUUUUUGGCACUAAUGCUGGUAACGGUCUUAACAUUGGUUCCGCUGCGAUGAAGCCUAUUCCCCCACCUCACAUCACAUGUCCGCGGGUUCUAGAGUUCCGCCAACUAAUUCAGUACAAGCCGCUGACCGCGGAACAACGACAACAGAUCUCUAAGGCCAUGCAGGCUUAUGGGGAAUACCUGGAAAAGAGGAAAACAGGAUUAGACGACUUGCUGCCGCGAGAUCCUCGAGAUGAGAGCGAGAAGAUCGUGGCCGAGGAACUGGACGCUAAAGUCAGAUCAGAUACCGAGAAGGGAGUCACGUCACAUGAGGAACAAGGGUCUAUGUUGAGAGACAUACGAAACACGGUAGACAAGUUCUCUGAUCAAACGAAAAAUGAAGACAUAAGCUGUAAAUACGUCGAUGAAAUAACGCCCGAUCCAGUUCCCCCGCCUCCUCCCCCGAAAUGGAAAAGAUCUGUGUCAGAGUGGGAGCGGGACCGAAUAGAACUGGCCGAACUGGAUUAUGGGAAACAUGCCUUGCGAUACAAAGAAGUGCCGCCUUACUUUGAGACGACUCCAGGUCAAGAGUUUCUUAAAGGUAUAUAUAGUCAGAAGGUCCCAGACAUGGAUACUUUAACGUCUGAAUUAGCACAGCAAACUCGUCAUCCAUCCCCUGGGGAAAGUAGCCCUGCUGAGACACCAGAAAUUGUUGUACAUGAGGGAAGCGCUGCAUCUAAUCGGACAGAGGGAGACAAAGUUCCAGCCAGCCCUGAUGUUGCCCUCUCCACCACAAAUGGAGAGACAACUUCCCUUCCUACUGGCGAGCCAAGCGCCACACCUAACGGCAUGAGGCCUACUAACCCCACCCCGGCGCAUGCCACUGGUAAUGGUACCCCUACCCCCGUGCGUCCAACUAAUCCUACUCCGUCUCAGGCCUCUACAGCUGUCAAUCCUCGUCCCAGUAAUCCUACACCAAGACAGGCUUCUGAGCUUCUUUCGCAAGAGUCACCCCUCCAGGGAGACUCCCCACAGUGGAGAACCAACUUGGAGUCUGUUCAAGAGGUAGACGUUCUCUCUUCCGUGGAGGAAGAAGUGAAGGGGCCAGCUGAGGCAGAAGACCCGGAUGACGAAGAAAAUGUCCCAAUGUUCUCCGCUGAUAUGCCGCAAGUUGGUCCACGAAGUUUAUAUUUUGAUGUAACUGGAGACGCUAGAGGAGAGAAAGUAAAACUUCCCAGUUGCAUCAGGAGUUCUAAACCAGGAGCACUUCCCAACAGCCAGUUCUUUGAAGUUGAAGAUCCCGUACGGCGGCGUGUACAUACAGUGUCGGUGACGGGAGGCGAUCAACAACAAGUGGAGAGCCUCCGAGGCUUUGAGCUGUUCCCCGCGCAGGUGUCGUUUGGAGUUCUGAAGGAAGGCUGUACCUAUGUUCACAGCGUGCUUUUUAAAAAUGUCGGUAUUGAUAGCUGUCGCUACAAAAUCAAUCAACCGCCGCCAUCAACAGGACUGCGUGUUCUUUAUCAACCUGGUCCUGUGGCUGCUGGUAUGAACACUGUCCUCGAUGUGGAAAUAUUUGCCGUUGCAGUGGGCGUGGUCGGCGAGAGUGGUUUAGGUCACGUGGGCCAUCAUGUAGAGAUAGUUACUGAGACUGACAUACUUUACCUGCCAGUUACUGCAACUAUCAUGACGGUAUAUGAGUACGAGGCCCGCUAUGGGGAUACCCUGGAGGGGCUCGCACAAGGAACACGGAGGGUGCCCAACAGGCCGCCAUCUAGAGACCCUACACGGCCCCGUAAAGAAGAGGACUACGUACUAUUAGACACAUCUCAGUAGUGCGCUGUUCUGCCCGUGGUAUAAUUUAUUCCAGUUGUGCGAGUGUGCUGCACGUGAUUUCGGUAUUCGUUUCUCGUUAGCGAGGGUUUAACAAGCACUAAAUAACUACGUACACUGUUAAACGGGUGUUUGCUGCGUGUAAAAAUGUAAUUAAAUUGUACAUACGUGCCUCA